CCGUGGUCCCAGCCCUACCGCAGCUUCAGCGGCUCCGGCUCCUGCUGGGCCGUCUUCCUCUUUUCCCAGUUCUUUCCUUCUGCCUCCUCCCCCCUGGCAACCCCAGUGCUGCCCUUGCCCCUGUCCUUGCCCCCAGUUAUGUCGCCUCCGGGGCUGACCUGGGCCCCAGCGCAGCAGCUAGCCGGAAUACUGUUCAUCCUGUUGGUUCCUCUGGUGUUGGCAGAUGAGGACUGCCUGUGGUAUCUGGAUGGGAACGGCUCGUGGCAUCCUGGGUUUGACUGUGAAUUCGCCUCUUUCUGCUGUGGGACCUGCUACCACCGUUUCUGCUGCAGAGAUUUGUCCAAGCUCAUCACUGAACGGCAGCAGAAGCACUGUCUGGCCUUUAGCCCCAAGACUAUCGCGGGUAUUGCCUCUGCUGUGAUCCUGUUCAUUGCCGUGGUAGUCACCACCAUCUGCUGCUUCCUCUGCUCCUGCUGUUACCUGUACCGCCGACGCCAGCAGCUUCGGAGUCCCUUAGAAGUUCAAGAGAUCCCGAUGGCGGGCAUUCCCAUCCAGCCAGUGUAUCCGUAUCCUCAGGACCCCAAAGCUGGCCCUGCACCCCCCCAGCCAGGCUUUGUGUACCCGCCCAGUGGUCCUGCCCCUCAGUAUCCUAUGUACCCAGCUGGUCCCCCAGUCUACAAUCCUGCAGCUCCUCCUCCCUACAUGCCAUCACAAUCCACUUACCCUGGGGCCUGAGGAACCAGUCUCGUAUUUUUGCAGCCUUCCCUCUAGGCAUCACUUGUUCGGAGGCACACCCUGAUUUCUCCACCUUGCUCUACUGGUGGGAGAGGAUCAUGCAGAAGGAUCUAUCCAUGCACAUUGAGCUUCAGACCAAGCAGGACAGAUACUUUGUUUUGGGAUGGGCUCCCUGGAGACAUGGAACAGUCAUGGGACACCUCACUGGGAAGGGACUUUGGGGUAAGAAAGUUGGUGGGAUUCUUUUUAAUGUAGGGGGAAAGAUAUGAGGUGUUAAGAAGGAAAGCAUGGUGGGUGAGGGUACACUCUAUGCCCUGGUAAGUAGUGCCACCUUCAGUAGGCCUGUUGCUCACCCACCUCUGCUGCUGUGUCCCCCGUCACACCUCUGCCCAUCUGGGUGGUGGUGAAGGCGGAAGAGGGCCAGAUCUCAGUCACCAAUCAUCCUUUUACUCCUCAUUUUUCUCCCUUCCCUCCCACUACUGCCCUGUAAACCAGGGCUAUCCACACAGAUUAAACCUGUAAAUAUGUAA